AUGCCGUCGUCGUCUCAAAGCCGCAGCCGCCUGUGCUGCAGGCUGCUGCUGCUUCUUCUCGUCUUCCAUUUCUCCGGCAGGGCCGUCGUCGGCGGCGGCGGCAAGGUGCCGGCGCUGAUCGUAUUCGGGGACUCGACGGUGGACGCGGGCAACAACAACUUCAUCCCCACCGUCGCCAGGGGCAACUUCCCGCCGUACGGGCGCGACUUCGACCGGGGCGUCGCCACCGGCAGGUUCUCCAACGGCCGCCUCGUCACCGACUUCCUCUCGGAGGCGUUCGGCUUGCCGUCGUCGGUGCCGGCCUAUCUGGACCCCAGCUACACCAUCGACCAGCUCGCCACCGGCGUCAGCUUUGCCUCCGGAGGCACCGGGCUGGAUGAUUUAACAGCGGAAAUCGCAUCAGUUAUCCCCAUGAGCCAGCAACUGGAGUACUUCAGGGAGUACAAGGCGAGACUGCAGCUCGCAAAGGGGGAAUCCACGGCGAACGAGACCAUCGCCGAGGCCGUGUACAUCUUCAGCAUUGGCACCAACGACUUCAUCGUCAACUACUUCACCGUGCCUCUCCGGCGAGACCAGUACACCCCGCCGGAGUACGUCGCCUACCUCGUCGGCCUCGCAGAGGCGGCCGUCCGCGACGCCUACGGCCUCGGCGCGCGCAAGAUGGAGUUCACCGGCCUCGCGCCGUUCGGGUGCAUCCCCGCGGCCAGGACGCUCAACCAAGACGAGCCCGGCGAGUGCAACGAGGAGUACAACCGCCUGGCGGAGAUGUUCAACGCCGGGCUGCAGGAGGUCGUGAGGAGGCUCGACGGUGAGCUCGCCGGCGCGCGGGUGGUUUUCGCGGAGACGUACGGCGUCGUGUCUGACAUCGUCGCCAAUCCGUCGGACUACGGAUUCGACAACGUUGAGCAAGGCUGCUGUGGCACAGGACUCAUCGAGACAUCUGUGAUGUGCGGCUUGGACGAACCGUUUACGUGUCAAGACGCUGAUAAGUACGUGUUCUUCGAUUCAGUUCACCCGUCGGAGCAGACAUACAGGAUAUUAGCUGACCAUAUUUUCAACACUGCAUUACGAGUGUUCCUGUGA